AUGUCUUAUGAAGUUUUAAUGCAGGAAAAUAAAAAUCAUAUAGAAGAAGGAGAUGUCGGAGAUAAAAUUAUUUUAUUAGGUUCAAAUGAACAUUACAGUGAGAUAGAAUGUGAAAUUAUUAAUAAUUGUAGCGAUAAUAGUAGUGAUUGUGGGAGUAUUAAUAGUAUAAAUAAUAAAUUUAGUAUUAAUAAUAAUAGUACCAAUUGUAUCAACAAUAUCAAUAAUAGUAACUAUAGUGAAGAAUUUAGAAACGAGGUUAGUUAUAACAAUCAGAAUUUUUGCAGUCAUUGUGGGAAUUUAAAUAAAAGGAAAAAAUUUACAAAUGGUUGUAGUUUGACCCGAGAUGGUGACAGUAGUGGUUCAAAUGGAUUUGUAACACCAAAAGGAGAGGCAGUAAAAUUAACAAAUUUUAUCUCUACAUCGACACUAUCAUCAAACUCAACAGUAUUGUCAACAUCACCUUCAGUCAUUCAUGGCCACGAAGACGAUUUUUUAAAUUGUUUAAUUUUGUUUAUUGCAGGAUGGUUAUUGUUUUUACCAUGGUUAUUCACAUAUCACUAUCUUGGUUCCCCCUAUAGAAAAUGUAGAGUGAUUGCAAUUAUAUCAAUUUGCCUCCUUGGUCUAUGCUUAAUUCUCUUUACCUUUGUAAUCAGCUUGGUUGUAAUAUUAGUAGCAAACCCAGAAUUAUUUGGAAUGUUUCAAAAAUAUUGGUUAGAAAAAAAUUAUAAUAGUUUCAGAUAA